AUGCAAAAAAAGAAGCGCACAUUUACAUACGAUUUUGAGUUCAACCCAGUACACGCCGAUUCAUCGACUUUCAAAGCCGAUAUCAGUAAAGCGGAAGCUUAUGCGCAAGUCUUAGACGAAGCGAGGGGAUUGAUUGAUGGACAGAGGAAUUGGGUAUCCUCACUACUAUGGCACGCAUAUAAAUCUCUCCCCUCCCCCUCUUCAGAGGUGAACUGGGCCGGAUUCUACACCCUCGACCCCUCCGCCAAGCCCUCCAAGCCCUCCCUCAUCCUCGGUCCAUUCCAAGGAAAAGUCGCUUGUCAAACCAUUGCCUUUUCCCGCGGUGUAUGUGGUACUGCCGCUUCGACUCAGACGACACAGCUCGUUCCCGAUGUGGAGAAGUUUCCGGGUCAUAUUGCAUGUGACGCCGCUAGUCAGAGUGAGAUUGUCGUGCCGAUUGUGGUGGAUGGGGUUGUGAAGGCGAUUAUUGAUGUGGAUUGUGGGGUGAAGGAGGGGUUUGAUGAGGUGGAUCGGAAGUGGUUGGAGGAGUUGGCUGGGGUUUUGGCGGAAGGUUGUGAUUGGUAG